GGUACGAACACAGAGUGCUCAAGAUUGUGUAAACUGUAAAAGCGCGAAACCAUAUGAGUGGUAUAAUUAUCUAAGAGUGAAAGGAAAAUUGCGUAUAUUCGAUAAUACGUUCUUAAAUAGUUUUAUUUAAUUUUAUAAUGAAGGGAAUUUUAAUAUUUGACAAUCUUAAUGAUGUAUUAUUUACUAAAUGCGAUAAAAAAUUUGCAUUUCAUAUACAAAAAUUAGCUAGAGCACAAGGAUUAAUAACUGAGAAUAAGAGUACUGACGAUAUGGAUCCAAAACCAUGUCCAAAUAUUAUUAUGCAACUUUUUUCACCUAUCGUUACUUCUCAAUACGCCAUGGCUUCACAAUUUGGUAAUUCUUAUACAUCUAUGAAAUGCCAAGAUGGUACAAAUAUGGUAUUUGAUGAAUAUAUGGGAUACACAUUUAUUUACGUUGGUAUAGAAGACAUAGAAUUAAUGAAGAGAACUUUAGGUAUAUGUGUUUCGAUAGUUAGACAUGUUUGUGGACCAGAUGUUACAAUAUUAAAAUCAAGUAGGCAAAAGGUCUGUUUGGUUUCGUCUUUGUUAGAUGCAUGGGUAGAAUUACGUGGUUCUGAACAAAGUAUAUUGACAGAAGCUGUAGAACAAUUAUCUGUUAAUGCGGAUUUAGCAUCUGUGAUUUUAAAAGUUCUUAAUGAUGCUUGCGAUAAAUUGAAAACACAGUCUGAAUUUUCAAAUAUACAUGUUCUUUUACUUGUAAAACAAAAAUUUUUAUCCUUGUACUCUAGUAAAAAUGCUCAUGAUUUAUGCGCAUCUGAUAUUUUAUUAAUGAUCUUAAUGUGUUGGGUUAUUAAUCAAAAAAAACAAAUUGACAACGAAACGGAUCAAAAUGGAGAUGAUAACGGUGAUAUUCUAUUACCACAUAAUAACUCUUCUAGAGAAGAAGAAGCGAAACCAUUUGGUGCUAAGCUAUCAAAUCCCACUUUGGAAGAUAUCACAAAUUUAUUUAGAGGGUCAAGGGAAUCUUCUCUAAGCGAAGAUCUUCAUUCUUUAGCACAUGAUGGUUUGUACAGCCAAAUAAUACUCCUUGGAUCUGAACACGAUUACACUGCGAAUGCUGUCCAUGUUUUUGAAAUAGACGAUGGUAUUUAUCUUGUAACUAUAAUAGAAGUAACAAAUCUGGCCACAUCGUCUGGAUUAUAUGACACAUUCCAUUAUCUAAAUAUUAUAAAUGGUUUACAACUUCAAAGAGAUCUUGAUGAAUUAAGACCAGCAUUCGAUAGUCUUGACACAUCUAUAAAGAAAGGUUUAGAUGGAAUUAAAAAAAAUCGAGCCAAUGUUAAUAACGACGUUGAUAUGUGCCAAAGAAGAUUGCAAGUGAAAUGGGAAUUCGUAAAAAAGAAGUAUACAGAACUUUUAAAAUCUAGGGAUCCAGAAUCGAUUCUUCAAAUCGAGUCCAAUACAUCUGGCUUUACCGAUACUGUAAAAGAAUUAUUUCGUUUGACGUGUUUCGAUAGAAAUUUUUUAAAACAAGGCGUUGAUGUACUAACAACAGUAGGCCGUUUGGUGCGCCAAAAAUUAAACGAUUUCAGUGAUUUUCUUAAAGUAAAAGCACUGAAGAACUUCACUCUUGGAUCAUAUCCUUUCUUAAAAGUCCUUAAUGCUACACAAUCUACGAGAACUUCCCUAACCAUCAACAAAUAUCUAGAAGAAUUUCCAGGCUUGGUGCAUUUUAUAUACAUAGACAGAACAACCCACAGAUUAACAGCACCAACAUUAGACUUCACCAAUUCUGAAACUCUUGCCCUUACUACAAAAAAGAUUUGGAAUAUGGUGAAGCAAAGUAGAAUGCACCUGCAAGAAGGACAUUUAUCAGUUAUGUGGAAAGAUACAACGUUUAAUUAUGCUUAUUUUUUAUGGUUCGAAGAUAAUUCCGGAUCUCCACUUAAAUUGAAAGUUUAUUUGAAUCAUUUGAUGAAAAAUUUUCCAGUACCUGGUAUACUUUGCGGGGAUUACUAUAGGAAACUGGCUGAAGCGUGUUUUCCGAAAUUAUCUCCAAAUAAAAUUAGGAUCUAUGAAUUAUACUGUGUACAUUUAGGAUUGGCUACCUCAUCUUGCGUUUUGGAGCACUCCAGAAGACUUGCAGCUACUAUAUGGGAAGUUACAGGUGUACCAAACAAUCCUGCUGAUAUUCUGUAAUUUUUUUUGAUAUAUAUUGUAACAGUUAUUUACAUCUAUACAGUAAAAGUAUAAAAGAAGAAAAAGAAAAAAAAAGAAGAAAGAAAAUUUUGAACUGCCUAUCUAUAAGGUGUUCAAAGUUACGUAUUAACUCAGUAUUUAUAAAAUACGAUAUUCGAAAAUACAUAUUUAUUUUAUACUUUUAUUAAUUUAAUGUAAUAUGUUAUACACAGGAAAGUAUUAAUAUAGAAACCUUUCAAUACUCUUCCCAAGUUUUACUUAAGCAUAAUAAAGGGCAUAAAAACACA